UUGGAAAAAAGAGAGAGAGAAAAAAAAAAAGAGUUAUAACAUCGCACUGAAAUUCAUAAAAUAAAAACCGGACCGGCGGAUCCAAAUCAAAUCAAAAUCCUAACCCGAAAGCCUCCCGAUUACCCCAAAUCUCUCUUCUUUUCUCCUCUCUCAGCUCACCAUCCAAGAGAGAGAGAGAGAGAGAGAAAGAGAUCGCUUCGUUUCGUUUCAAAAUCUUGCAUUUCUCAAGUUCUCUUUCUUUGCCCAAAAUACCCUUGUCUCUCUUUUCAAUGCCAAGUCCAAGGUAACGCCAUAAGAAAGAAACCGAGCCGCCGAACCAUGAUCGUUCGAACUUACGGUCGCCGCAACCGUGGUUUAACCAGGACAUUCUCCGACUCCCUAAACGACGACGUCUCUGACUCCCCUCCUCUGUCCCAAGAAACGGUGCCGUCUCAGGACAUCUACAGUUUCCCUUUUACCACUCAUGAAUCCUCUUCCUUCUGGCCAUCCUCUCAAGAAUUCAACGACGACGAUUACAAGAACCAAGUAACGACCGUUAAAACAACCCAAAGUAAUUUCGAUUUUGACGAUUCGAGAAACGGCGUCGUGAGGAGAUCCAAGAAACAGAAGCAAAUCCAGAGCAAGAAAGAGGUAGGGUAUUCUUCUGUGCCCUGGAUUUCACCGACUUCGACUCUUAUGGAGGCUCAAGAAUUCGGAGAAAUGAUGGAGCACGUUGACGAGGUUAAUUUCGCGCUUGACGGUUUAAAGAAAGGCCAGCCAGUGAGGAUCAGAAGAGCGAGUCUCUUGUCUUUGCUUUCAAUUUGCGGCACAGCUCAACAAAGGAGACUUUUGAGAACUCAUGGGAUGGCAAAGACAAUAAUUGAUGCUAUUUUGGGGCUCAACUUUGAUGACAUCCCAAGCAAUCUGGCUGCUGUGGCCCUUUUCUAUGUCUUGACCAGUGAUGGUCAAGAUGAGCAUCUCUUGGAAUCACCUGGUUGCAUUCGGUUUCUAAUUAAAUUGUUGAAGCCAGUUAUCCCCACUGCUAAAGAAAACAAAACAGGGAAAGUGGGCUUUAAGCUUUUGGCAUUACGCAAGGAUGCCAACGUCUCACGGGAUACAAAUAAAGUGUUGGAUUCAAGCUCUGCUGCCAUCAUUUCCAAAGUUGAGGAAAUUCUUGUUACUUGCAAGGAAAUGAAGUCAAGAUGUGGGGAUGAUAGUGGUUUAAGGAGGCCAGAGUUAAGCCCGAAAUGGAUAGCUUUGUUGACUUUAGAGAAAGCUUGUUUGUCUAAAAUUUCUCUUGAAGAUACAACUGGUACAGUAAGGAAAACUGGGGGCAAUUUCAAGGAGAAACUAAGAGAGUUUGGAGGACUUGAUGCUGUGUUUGAAGUGGCCAUGGAGUGCCACUCUGUUAUGGAGGGUUUGGUGGAUCAGAGUUUAUAUUCUACUCUUACAGAAGAUAAAAAGGAUGUGCAGAGCCUGAUGCUGCUUUCAAAAUGUUUGAAAAUCAUGGAAAAUGCUGCAUUCCUAAGUAGUGACAAUCAGAGUCAUCUGCUAGAAAUGAAAGGGCAAUUGAAAUCUCAUGGAUCUCGGUUAUCUUUUACGAAGCUUGUUAUAAGUGUAAUCAAGAUUCUCUCAGGGCUUUAUCUUAAAAGUUCUUCUGCAUCGUCCAGUACUGAAAGGGCUUGUAGUAAUUCUAAAGCAACGGUUGAUGCCAAUGAAUUUGCUUUAGCUACAGACUUUAAAGUGGAUAGACAUGAUGUUAUCUCCAUUAGUUCGUCUGAAAAAUUCUCUAGCAUAGAGUGGUCGUUCUCUGAAAAGAGCUUCAAUACAUCUCGGAAUGACCCAGGGCCCUCCACUCAGUGGCUGGGCCGUUCUGUACCUUGUUUUCAAACUGCGGCAGCAUCCAUGAAUGAUAGUUGUUUGCUAAAAAUGAGAAUCCAUUCUUCCUUGUCCAGCUCUUGUAGUGGGAAAUUAGGAAGUUCAUAUGAUGAAAUACCUGUAACAAGCAAUGGGUCGGGGACUCUGUGUGAGAGACCUGAUGUUACAAAGGAUGGCAAAUGGCAACUUUUAGAGGAUAGUCAGGAUCCUUUUGCAUUUGAUGAAGAUGAUUUUGUGCCUUCAAAGUGGGACUUACUAUCUGGGAAAAAAAAGACAUCCCAAACUAAAAAACAUGGGAAACUUGGGCUAAAAAAUAGAGAAAUUGAAGAUGAGUAUCAAUACCAAUUUACAAUGAGCCAACAAGAAUCAAGUAAUGGGGAAAUUUUCCAGACAGAAUCUAUCAAUGAAGAAUAUCAUCAUUCUAAUGCAACUUCUGGUUCUAAAAGUGCUGAAGAAGAAUAUUCCAGCCUUCUUUCAGACUGCCUCCUUGCUGCUGUCAAGGUUUUGAUGAAUUUAACAAAUGACAACCCUCUUGGCUGUCAGCAAAUUGCUGCCUCUGGGGCCCUAGAGACCCUGUCUACAUUGAUAGCCUGCCACUUCCCUUCAUUCUGCUCAUAUUUGCCUCGCAUCAGCGAAACGGAAGAGAAUUCUCUUAGCAUAGAACUUGACAACCGGAAUGACAGACCUCUUACUGAUCCAGAGUUGGAUUUCCUUGUAGCAAUACUGGGUCUGCUUGUGAACCUAGUAGAGAAGGAUGAACAUAACAGAUCACGGCUUGCAGUAGCUUCUGUUUCUUUACCAAAUUCCAGUCGCAUGGCUGUAAUUCCACUGCUAUCUGCCAUCUUUCUUGCAAACCAAGGAGAAGAUGAUGGUACUGGAGAAGUUCUGCCUUGGAAUGAUGAGGCUGCUAUGCUACAAGAAGAGAAAGAAGCAGAGAAGAUGAUUUUAGAAGCCUAUGCGGCUCUACUACUUGCAUUUCUUUCUACUGAAAGUAAGAGCACACGAAAUGCAAUAGCUGAUUGUCUCCCAAAUCACAGCCUGUCAAUUCUGGUACCUGUGUUGGAGAGAUUUGUGGCAUUUCAUUUUACAUUAAACAUGAUUUCUCCAGAGACUCAUAAAGCUGUGAGUGAAGUGAUUGAGUCAUGUAGGAUACCAUGAGAACUAAUGAAAUGUUUUGUACAGCCCUGUCUUCCAUUUUAGAUUAGCUGUUUGUAUCACACAAUGCCAGUGCUCACAAGGAUGGGAGCGGGCAGCACACUGUAUCAAACUUGCCACAGACCUCUGUUAUAGUCCAUUGACCCGUUUGUUUGUUUUUACCCCCACAAAUUUUUCCUUUUUGUUUUUGUAGUUUUUGUUUUUUCUGACAGUAUUAUUCUUUGUAGCACUAUUCCAUCGUUUUGAUGCAGGCCAACACUCAGUGUACAUGAAAGUGAAAGUUCAAUCAAGAAGUU